AUAGGCACGGUCACACUUGCGACAGGUGAUUGCCUAUGUAAUCUUCCCAUUAUAAACAAGCAAGUUAAGUGGUCCACCUUAAAUCAAGCACUAUGUUGCAACUUAGUCGUACCCUGCUGCGCUCGCGAUACUGGCAUCGCGGCCGCUGGGUUUCCACCUGGACUCCGCUGGCCACAGCCUUUAAUUCUCCUCCGGCCAGGCGGCUCAAUUUUACCCGCGACGAUGUGGGUCUCUUUUGUAUGCCGGAACUGCGGGGCUUCGAGGGCUUCUACUUGUUACGCGACAACGCGGAAAGCCGGACGCAGGAGCUCAUAUCGGAGGCCAUAUCCGAUCAGCGGCGGCGGAAGAUGGUAGACAUUUUCGACGAGCUCUCCGACACCUUGUGCAAGGUAGCGGACCUAGCCGAGUUCGUUCGGAUCGCCCAUCCUCAGAGCAAGUACACCCAGGCGGCAGAGCAGGCCUGUAUCAGCAUUUGCGGCGUUGUGGAGAGCCUUAAUACGCACAAGCCCAUUUACCAGGCCCUGAGCCAUGUGGUUCAGCACGGGGACAAGCUGCCUACUAGUGAGGUGGAUAGGCAUGUAGCCCGAUUGUUUCUAUUUGACUUUGAACAAUGCGGCAUCCAUUUGCCUGAGGAGGAGCGCCUACGGGUUGUUCGUCUCAACGACUACAUUCUUCAGCUGGGCCAGAAGUUCAUGAGUGGAGCCGUGCAGCCCAGCGUUCUCCCGCGCCAUCACGUCCCUGAGGCUAUUCGUAACUACUUUCCGACCUCCGGCGACAAUGUAAUUAUCACGGGACUGUGCACAAACGCAGCGAACGUGCAGGUUCGGGAGGCCGCCUAUCGGCUAUACCUGCAACCUUCCGACAGCCAGGAGAAUCUUCUGCGAGACCUACUGCUCUGCCGGCAUGAGCUGGCCCGCAGCUGUGGAUUCGAGACGUAUGCCCAUCGGGCCCUGAAUGGCAGCACCAUGGAGAGACCCGAAAUUGUUCACGAGUUUAUUGACGAGCUGUCGGAGAAAUUGCGACCGCGCGCUGAGGCCGACUUUGCCAAAAUGACUCAAAUGAAACGCCGAGAGUGCGGUCGGGAGGGCGCCAUGGUUGAGGUUUGGGAUACACCCUAUUUCACCACCCAGAUGAGGCGGCAAUCCCUCGAGGAACAGACCAACGAGUUUCUUCCAUACUUCUCGCUGGGUGGCUGCAUGGAAGGAUUGGAUAACCUGCUACGUGCUCUCUACGGCGUCCGGUUGGAGAACACCGAGAUGGAGCCAGGCGAAUCGUGGCACAACGACAUCUACAAGCUGGCUGUAGUGCACGAAAGAGAAGGACUUCUGGGCUACAUCUACUGCGACUUUUUUGAACGCACUGGCAAGCCCAACCAAGACUGCCAUUUCACCAUCAAGGGAGGCAAGCGUCUGGCGGAUGGCACCUACCAACUGCCCGUGGUCGUGGUCAUGCUGGGUCUGGCGCAGCCGCGCUGGAGCGGACCGACCCUGCUGUCGCCUGCGCGCGUUGACAACUUAUUCCACGAAAUGGGUCACGCCAUGCACUCGAUGUUAGCUCGUACCGAGCAUCAACAUGUGACGGGUACGCGGUGCGCCACAGACUUUGCCGAGGUCCCCAGCGUACUCAUGGAGUACUUUGCCAGCGAUCCGCGCGUGCUGCGAACCUUUGCCCGCCACUUUCAGACUCACGAGCCCAUUUCGGAAGAUAUGCUAAGGCGGCUGUGCGCCUCCAAGCACCUCUUUGCUGCCAGCGAGACGCAGCUCCAGGUGUUCUACUCAGCCUUGGACCAAGAGUACCACGGAGCAGGGGCCCAGAAAAGUGGCAGCAGCACGGAGACAUUGCGCUCCGUGCAGAGCCGCUUCUAUAGCCUGCCCUAUGUGGAGAACACGGCGUGGCAGCUGCGCUUUUCCCACCUUGUGGGCUACGGAGCCAAGUACUACGCUUACCUCGUUUCGAAGACAAUCGCCUCCUGGAUCUGGCAGACGUACUUUGAAGCGAACCCCUUUAACCGACAGGCGGGCGAGAAAUACCGAUCCGAAAUCCUAGCCCACGGAGGAGCCGUCCCCAGCCGGAAGCUGGUGGCAAACUUCCUGCAGCGCGAAAUGACGCCCAGCGUGUUGGCCGACAGCCUUAUCGCCGAGAUUGACGCCGACGAGUCGAAAAUCAAGGACCUGAUCAGCAGAAGUUAACAAUCCUAACGCCCUUUUCAGUUGUAUAUGCCUCUCGUAUUAGUUAACUUUUAUUGCCUUUGUUUUACGCGGCGGAUUCAAUUUUGGUUUCAUGACUAGGCUGGUCCCAGCGCCGGCAUCAGUUCCACGCCCACAAACUCCUUGGCCAGACGCACUCCCAGGAAAAACAGGCCGUAACUCUUGACCAGCAUCCUGCGUACGAUUUCGGUUAUGUAAAGUUACGUUUAAUGGAAUCUGAUCGCACCGCAAACUCACCAUUGGAACUCGUUGUUGUAGAUGCUCCGCAAAAUAAUCAGGGGGUUCGAUUUCACCAUUUUAUUGUGAUUACCUCGGAUCUGCUUAUUUCCAGGUGGAUUUUUUUUUAGUUACCUUUUUGCACGAGGGAAUGUUGACAAUUGUGAACGAAAGGAUUGGCUCUGCCAAUCUGUUUUCGUUUUGGUAUUUUACAGAGAUUUUUUUGUUACGACAGCGCCUGUCAAAGGCACAAUAUGAACAGUUCAGGCACACUAAUACCCGCUUCCCACACAGACUAGCCAUGGGAAAAUUGCUUUUUUCACUAAUUUGACUAAACUAAAAAAUGUACAAACUAUUUUGUCUGUUGUAUAAAAGCAAAACCUUAGGUUGCGGCUGAUUUUAUUGGUAUUAAAUUCAGAGGACUUAAAUGAUGAUGAAUUAUAAUUAUAUAUAUAAAUACAAA